AUGACAGGCUGCCGGAGAUGGGAGGGAAACCGCCAGGCAGAAGACAGCAGUGUGCUCACGCCGCCGAGGCUCGCAGACCGCGGUAUAAAUGCUGCUCAGGGAGGAGGCUGCACACAUCACCCCCUCCUCCCAGCCACAGCCACCUCAGCCACCAUGUGCCUCAUCAGCUGCUUCUCGGGCUGCCAGUUGGCCUGCUGCGUGCCUGUGAGCUGCAGGCCUGUGGUUAGUGUGGCCCCUUCCUGCCAGUCCUCCGUGUGUGUCCCCGUGAGCUGCAGGCCUGCCGUAUGUGUGGCUUCCUCCUCCCAGUCCUCGGGGUGCUGCCAGCCCUCCCACCCCCCCCUCCUCUGUAACCCCAUCUCCUGUGGCACCUCCUCCUGCUGCACCUGA